GAUGUGUGUGUGUUCACUGCUGUGUGUGUGCACUUUGGAUGGGUUAAAAGCAGAGCACGAAUUCCUAGUAUGGGUCACCAUACUUGGCUGUAUGUCACGUCACUUACUCAGUUACUCAAAAUGUAUCAUUCUUGGAAUUGUACAUUUGUUUAUUCAUUUCAGUCAAACUAUUUCUUGUAUUAAUGCAGUCAAAAAGCCUUGUGUAAGAAAAAAUAUGAAAAAGUUAGCUUUUCCUUGUUCUGAGUUCUCAGUAGGUUUUGCUGCAUAAUAACAUUGUCAUAUAUUAUUGUAACAGCUGAAUUGUUAGGUGUUUGUCUGAAACCCACUCAGGGAUGUUUUUGACAGUUAAUUGGUUUUGUUUUUUUGCUGCACAUCCAGUGUAAAUAAAUGAUGACCGGCUUAUGCCACCCUCUUUAUUUUAUAAUGCAAACUGCAAUAAAAUUCUUCUCUGACAUUGUCCUGUUUACAACCAAGUUUGGAUGAUUAUUAAUAAAAGAACACGUCAAGGUAAAGUUUUCAACUUUGGAGGAAAUAAGUGGUGACCAUUUUUAGCCGCCUGUUGGUGAAUGACGUGGUCCCUUAACCUCACAGAAGCACUUGCUUAAUAUCAAGUUUAGCAUCAUACAUCGUUUCUCUCUCUCUCUCUCUCUCUCUUUUGUCACCUUCUGUAGAAAAUAGAGGAACUGGCGCACUUGGAGGCAAACAAGCACAAUGGAUGUAAUCUCUAAAGAGGGUCUGCUCUUUUUGCAGGGGGUCAAGUUUGGGAAGAAGAUCUGGCGGAAAUCCUGGCUGAUUCUGUUUGAGCCCAGUCCUGCAGGUAUCGGCCGGAUGGAGCUGUAUGACAUGCGUGAUAGAGGGGGACUGACGGGGUCCGCCAUCCCGAGGCCUUCAGGGCUCAGGAAGAUGGACAAACGGGUGAUCCGCCUGACAGACUGUCUGAGCAUCACUCCAGCCCCAGGAGAAAGCUGUCCCACAGGUUGCUCUGCCUUCUUUUUAAACACCAUCUCAUCCACCUACACCAUCGCUGCCCCCUCCCAGGAGGACUGGAUAAAUGUUCUGUGCCAGGUAGCAUUUCAGAAGACCAAAAGAACCGAAGAUACCAUUAAAGAUAAAUGUACGACACCGGCUGACAAUGACCUCUACUCCACCUGGGGAGCAGGCCAGUUCCAGGUGACAGUCCAGAGCACAGAUGCGUCUCAAAGGUGCAAGAUGUCUGGGUCAUACCUGCUGUCUUCUGAGAAAGAGGCUAUUUGUCUGCUGGACCUUAAGACUGGACAGGCCAUCUACCACUGGCCCUACAGGCUCCUCAGGAGGUUUGGCCAAGUCAAGGGGGGAAUAAUGAUUGAGGCAGGUCAUCGCUGUAACACUGGGGAGGGUCAGUUCAUUUUCUUGUCAAAACAGGGGGCGCAAAUAAAAAGGGCCAUUGAAGAGGCCAUCAUGCACCAGAGUGUCCAAGAACUGCUGGCACAAGCCACCGCUCUUCCGCAAGAGACCGCCCCCAAGCCCCCCUCGCCUAGAAGCAAACCACGGGGCAGGCCCAAGGUAAAAAAUAUUCCUCCGAUCAAUGUGAAUCAAGAUCCACCAUCCAUACCACAAGCCAUUCCACCCCCACCACCUUUACCAAAACCCAAAAUACAGGGUAGGGACAAAACGAAGAUCAGUAAGCAACCUCAAGGCAACAAGAAUCAGGAAAGACCUUGCCCACCUAUACUUAAAAAACCCGGGCAGCCAAUACACAAGAUCAUUGGAGGUGUUCUCACCCUCCAGAAUGUCCAAAAGGGAUCAUCCACUCCUCCUCAACAAGCCCCACCACUACCGCCCCCCUUGCCUAAAUCCAAACCACAGGACAGGCCUAAAGUGAAAAAGCUUCCUCCAAUCAAUACAAAUCAAGAUAGACCCUGCCCAACAGUACCACGCAGAUUCAUCUCCUUACCAGAUCCACCACCUUGCGUCAAAAGCCCAGUAAGUAGCUCGGAUGAAGUUUUGUAUUCGGCAGUUUUUCAUCAACCAAAGCCAAGAUCAAAAAUUGAUCUCCCAAAAGUUCCAACCCCUCCGAGUCUACCACCAAACACGGAUACAGAUGUAAACGUGGAUGAAGAGAAGGAAUGGAAAUUACCACAAGAACCCUCUGAGGACAAAAAUGAAGAAGCUCCCUACACUAACUGGACAGAGAAGAGCACUGGUGAGCAGGAUCAAUCAGAUAUUCGGGACCUUUAUAGCACAGUGAAUUUUGCAGCUAAACGUAAGAACAGACAGACUGAGGACAGUGAUGAUCAAGAGCAGCCUAACACUGAACAACAAGCUCCUGUUAUCACUUCCAGUGAAAUCCCUGUCGACUUCAAAGAGACCCUUUCUGGCAUUCUGUUUAAAGAUCUGUCUAAAAUUCCACCCCCAUUUCCGCCCAGGUCACGUGGGGGAAGCAGAGAACAGUUAGAUCGACUAGAUGAGCAGAUGACUGAUUGAGGUUUUUAUUGUCUACAGCUGAGGUCAGUGUCAUUGCUAGCCUGAUUAUUGUGAGUGAUAUGCGUUAAAGUGUGCGAUAAGCCUUAACAUGAAACUUUUACUAAUAAUAUGCAGAAUAUGUAGGUCUAAUGAGAUGGUUAAAUAUAAGGACAAUUAUAUUUUUUAAAUGUAAAUGAUCUUUAUUGAAAAUGUUUUGUAAGAUAUAUUGUAUAAGUGUGUAUAUUUGUGUAUAAGUUGUUUAAAAUGGUUUGUUUUUUAAUAAUCAACAAAUUAUUUAAUGUAAAGGAAUAGUUAACCCCAAAAGGUGAUGGUCCCAACAAAGUUGAAUAGGGUUUUAUUUAUGUUUUAUUGUUAUUUCUUUCCUUUUUUCUUUUUCUUUUUUCCCACACAGGGGACCAGCAACUGUUUGGUUGCCCACAUUUUCCAAAA